AGCUAGAGAUCUUCAAGCGAGAUACGUACAGAGGAAAGGGAAAGAUAAAGAGAGGGAAGCACUCUAGCUACCACCAUAGCACAGGGAGAAGGAGAAGAGGAUAGGAGAGAAGGGGAAGGGAGCGAGGCGAGCGAAAGGGAGGGAUGGGGCGCGGCAAGGUGGAGCUGAAGCGGAUCGACAACAAGAUCAGCCGGCAGGUGACGUUCGCCAAGCGCCGCAACGGCCUGCUCAAGAAGGCGUACGAGCUGUCGCUGCUCUGCGACGCUGAGGUCGCGCUCAUCAUCUUCUCCGCCCGCGGCCGCCUCUUCGAGUUCUCCACAUCCUCACGCAUGUACAAGACUCUAGAACGGUACCGCAGCUGUAACUUCAACUCCGAGGCAACUGCAACUCCGGAGACCGAACUAAGCAACUACCAGGAGUAUUUAAAGCUAAAGACAAGAGUUGAGUUCCUACAGACAACUCAGAGAAAUCUUCUUGGCGAGGACUUGGGCCCACUUAACAUGAAGGAACUUGAGCAACUGGAGAACCAAAUUGAGAUCUCUCUCAAACAUAUCAGGGCGACAAAGAGCCAGCAGUCACUUGAUCAGCUCUUUGAGCUCAAGCGCAAGGAACAACAACUGCAAGAUGUUAAUAAAGACUUACGAAAAAAGAUACAAGAAACUAGUGCGGAUAGUGUUCUACAGAUGUUUUGCCAGGAUGUUGGACCAAGUGGGUCUAGUGGCCAUGCUAAUCAAGCUAAUCAACAGGAGUAUUUUCAUCCUGAUUGUGACCCUUCCCUGCGUAUGGGGUAAUUGUUCUCUUGAGCUAUUAAUACAAAACUACAAGUAUGAUCAUGCUUACCUGGAUCACUUGAACAAGGAAUGAAUAGAUGGAUUAGUUGACGCCUUAGCGCAGAUAUCCUGCGCUGGGUCGACUUGAUAAUAUUUCAAUCCAAUGCUCUCUUUUACCCGUGGUUUCUAGCUUAAACCAUGCUAUUAUGUACUACUAAUCAGGAGCUCAUGUUGUAUUCUACUUUAAAUUGAAGAGAAGAGUUAUCUGAUUAUGUUGGGUGCUCAUUGGAGGACACAAUCUCACAUUCUGAAUUUCAAGUA